UAAUUCUUGUUGAUACUGUUUGAGCAAUUGUUCGGUGCUGGGCUAUAUCUUUGCAGGCAAUGGAAACUCGCCUUGUUAUCCCAGAUCGAAAACUUCUUGCUAGGCUUGUUUUGAUUAGAGAAGAAGCUCGUGAUAUGAUGGGAGGGGGAAUUUUAGAUGAAAGAAAUCACCGGGGAUUCUAUACUCUUCCUCAGCCUGAGGUGGACUUUUUAGCCAAGUUGGUGGCUCUAAAGCCUGGAAAAAUUGUGCUUAAUAUGAUAAGAAAUGUAAUGCAAGGAAAAGAUGAAGGUGCAGACAAUUCUGACAAUGAUGAUAAGGACGACACCCUAGAUGAGGAGCCAGUUGAAUUUCUUGGAAGGCCAAUUGUAACAGGACAAAAGACACUUCCAGUACGCCCCGACAUGUUUCUUGAGACUGUUUCCAAGGUCUUAUCCGGUUUAUAUGUUGGAACUGACUCUGGCAUCACUGCGCAACACCUUGAAUGGGUAUAUUAUUUUCCUCCUUAUAAACUCUCAAAUGUUUCUAUUUGCAAAAUCAAAUCUCAUUUGGUGUCCGUACUGUGGCCCAUUGGAAUGAUAAACACCAUCCCUUUUUCUUUAUAA